AUGAUUGAUUCGAGCUAUGCUCAGUCGGCUGCACUUCCAGCUACCUCAAGCUUGCCUUCUGUUUCCAUAGACGUUGAGGAGGGUCAUCCUUCAGCGAGGCUGAACGAUGUCGCCAAUUCUAAUGAAAGAACCCAAAACAAAGUUGAAAGCAGCACUGGCGCAAACCAGGUUUCGUCAGUAAUGCCGAAGCAAGGAGGGGCUUUCGGCAAUGCUGAGAACGAGGUCGAUUUGAGCACUGCUCAGGCAAUAAAUCCAAAGAGAGAUGGAGUUGACGGCGAUGGUGCGAGCAAUGCUGGCACCAUCAAUACCGAGCAAGCCCUUGACGAUUCCCAGGAGAGUCUUCCGGGAGAUUCUAUGGAUCUCUCAUCUGAUUACGAGGGCUUCGGCCGACUCGGAUCGAAGGAAGACAUCGCAUAG